CGUCGUUUCAUUGACAUAAAAUUUCCAUUUCCCGGUCCCAAACCCUAAAACAUCUGAACAGAGCACAUCCCGCUCAAAAUCAAGCAAAAGAAGCCUCCAAUGGAGGCCGAACAAAAUGACGAAAAAGCCCUCGAACACCUUCCUUCAGAAGCUCCCCAGCAACCUCUGUCAAAGAACGCCCAGAAGAAGCUGCUAAAGCAGCAGAAGUACGAGGCGAAGAAGGCGGAGAAGAAAGCGCAGGCGAAGGAGCAGAAGAAGAAGGAUGCGGAGCGGAAGCGGAAGGAAUGGGAAGAGACGCUGGCGAGCGUCCCGGAGGAGGAGCGCUCGAAGCUGAUCGAGUCGAGGAAGAGCCUGAGGAAGGAGAGAAUGGAGAAGAGGUCGGAGGAGAGAGAGAAGAAGAUCGAGAGGCUCACGAAUGCCAAACAUUCUGGACAGAACAUCAUCAUCGACCUCGAUUUCUCUCACCUCAUGACUCCAUCCGAGAUCAACAGCCUCGUUCAGCAGAUAAUGUAUUCUUAUGCAAUGAAUGGAAGAUGUGCAAACCCGGGGCAUCUUUGGUUGACCGGAUGCGCCGGGGAGAUGGGAAGCCAAUUGCAAAGGCUUCCCGGAUUCGACAAGUGGAUAAUCGAGAAGGAAAAUCGAUCUUACAUCGAAGCUUUGCAAGACCAGAAGGAAAAUCUGGUGUAUCUCACAGCUGAUUCAGAAACCGUGCUUGAUGAACUUGAUCCGAAGAAACUGUACAUAAUCGGCGGAUUGGUGGAUCGAAAUCGGUGGAAAGGGAUAACCAUGAAGAAAGCGCAAGAGCAGGGCAUCCAAACUGCAAAGCUCCCAAUUGGGAGCUACUUGAAGAUGUCUAGUUCCCAGGUCCUUACUGUAAAUCAAGCAAUUGAGAUACUUCUCAAGUUCUUGGAAACCAAGGAUUGGAAGACGUCUUUUUUCCAAGUGAUUCCUCAAAGGAAAAGAUGCGAAGCUGACACACAGGAACACCAUGAAGCAGAGGGGGAAGAAAACCAAGAGAGUGAUGAUCAAACCGAUACUAAAAGGCAGUGUAUUGAAGCCCCUUCACUUGGUUAAAGGAUACUAAUCAAGGAUUUUGUCAUAACUUCAGAUGCGACCAAUUAAAUUUGUUAUUUUCAACGCUCAAAUUGAAUUCUUAAGCCGCUGUCUUUCAAUUAAAUUUGGUAGUCUUGUUUUUGGUGUGCACUGGAGCGUAACACUGGCUGGUGCUGAAAGAUAAAUACUUUGCUCUUUUAUUUGACAAAAAUACUCUUAUCCCAUUUCCUAGUGCGUUGGAACAACAAACGCCAAGUGUAAACG